CGCCUCCUCCCCGUCCCUGUCCCGCCCUGCGAUUCCCCGCCUCUCUCGGGACCGUGGCCGGGGUCCCUCCCCGCCGCCCCUCCUCGCGCGGAUGCCGAAGGUAAAGGCGCUGCAAUGCGCCCUGGCGCUGGAGAUCCGCUCUGAGAGAAAAAAGAGGCCACCAGCAACUGUACAAGUUGAAUGUCACCAUUGAUUUGGCUUUAACUGAAUAGAGGUAACUUGUCCAGGAGUGGUGCUAAAAGACAAGGAGGACAUCUAUCUUAGCAUCUGUGUGUUUGGCCAAUACAAAAAGACACAAUGUGUCCCAGCCACCUUUCCACUGGUCUUCAAUGCCAGAAUGGUGUUUGAAAAGGUGUUUCCAGAAGCAGUAGACCCUGGAGAUGUGGUUGCACAACUUGAGUAUGACACAGCAGUGUUUGAGUUGAUACAACUAGUUCCACCAGGUGAUAAACAUGGCCCUAAAACAGUGGGUGAAACACUGUCUACAUAUGAAGAAAACACACGAGAUUUCAUGUUCCCGGGUCCAAAUCAAAUUUCUGGACACCAUGAUUCAAACCGCCAGGUUACCAUGAGGAGGAUUUCUGGCUUACGAGGAAUUGCUCCAAAGCUGGAAUUUUCUACAACGUCAGUGAUUACUGAAUGUCUGAUAAGUUCAAGGAAGUGCCAUAUUCAGGAUAAAUUUACUUACCAUUCAGCUCCAGUUGAAAAAUCACAUGGCAGACCACAAAACAGAACAUCAAGAUCACAAAAGAAAAAAACCAAGUCACCUGAGAGAAGUAAAUAUUGCAUAAAUGCAAAAAACUAUGAACAGCCUACAAUUUCUUCAAAAUCACAUUCACCAUCUCCCUACACAAAAAGACGCAUGUGUGAGCUAUCUGAAGACACCAGGCGGCGGCUGGCCCAUUUAAAUCUAGGACCCUAUGAAUUCAAAAAAGAAACAGAUAAACCACCAUUUGUAAUUAGACAUGUUGAUCCCCCAAGUCCCAGGGCUGACACUUGCUUUGGACCUUGUGGCAGAGACUGUGAAAGAGAUGGGUGGUCCAGGAUGCACAAUGCAGAUCAUUCACAUCUUGGCUGCUACCGACCUAAGGAUUAUAAGGUUAUCAGAACACCCCAUGGGAGAGACUUCGAUGACUCUCUAGAAAGGUGUGAAGAGUACCUGAGCCCAAGGUCAUGUAGCAAGCCCCAGCACUCAGCAAGGAACUUACUCGUCCAUUCAGCACCCUCAACAAAGCCAAAGCAUUCUCCAAGCCCUGUGCUAAAUAGAGCUUCUCUCAGGGAAAGAUUCCAUUCUGAUUGGUGUUCACCUUCAAACUGUGAUGAGAUCCAUGACCGGGUAAAAAAUGUCUUGAAAUCACAUCAGGCUCAUCCAAGACAUUUAUAUGAUGAGAGAGACCCAGAGAAAGAAGAUGAACUAGAAAUGAAAAGAGGUCUUUUGUACAGAGACUCUGCAUAUGACAGUGACCCCGAGUACAGCUCAUUUCAGCAGCCACAUGGCAGUCUCCAUUUGGAUGAUGGUGAAUACUGGUCCAAUAGGGCAGCCUCUUGUAAGGGAAAAUCCCACCGACCCAUCUUUGAGAACAGCAUGGAAAAGAUGUACAGGAACUUAUACAAAAAGGCCUGUGGUUCUGUUUCUCACACACAGGAAACCUGAGACUAUCCACGAUAAACUAUAUGAGUGUCCAUGUCAACCUCUCAAUGAAAAUGUUUGAUGUGAUCAAUAUCUGCAUUCCUUUUUUAAAAACACGUGGUUCAUUAAGCAGUAAGACUUGAUUCAUUUCUUACUGUGAGUGGUAAACUAUCAUAAGCAGGUCUUAUUUUUAUUACAGAAGAAUGUGCUAUGUUUCGAGUAUCAAAGCUCUGCUCUACAAUUACAGCAUCCAGUGACAAGGAUGUUCUAUCACAUAUAUCUCGUACCACCAUCUACAAAUUGAAGGACAUGUUCUCCUAGAAAGGUUCUUCUGCUUUAAGCACCUUGUAAUUUUCUUUUCAAAUGCUUGAACGGUUAUCUUGUGUGGGUAAGAUCUAAUUAAUACUAACUCCCUUUUCUUGAUAAUGAACAAAAAGAUAUACUAUUGAGAAAUGAAUUUCCCAGGAAUUUAAACCAUUUCAACUGUAUUUUCUACUUUUCUCUCCCUCAGAA